UUUUAUUUUUAUUUCGUCAUUAUAUUUCAAGGGCCAGCCUUCACCACGAUUUCCUGUUCUACCUCUCUGCCGAAGCUCUUCAAUCUCGUCUUCUCCGAAAAGCCAUGGGGAAAGGUCCAGGUCUCUACUCCGACAUCGGCAAGAAAGCUAGAGAUCUUCUUUACAAGGAUUACCAGAGCGACCAUAAAUUCACCAUCACUACUUACACUUCCGGUGGAGUUGCUAUCAGUUCAACUGGAGUUAAGAAAGGUGAGAUAUUUUUGGCAGAUGUAAGCACUCAGCUGAAGAACAACAACAUCACAACUGAUGUAAAAGUUGACACCAACUCCAAUGUUCACACUACUGUUACUAUUGAUGAACCGGCUCCAGGGUUGAAGACAAUUUUUAGCUUCCGUGUUCCUGACCAGAGAUCUGGCAAGGUUGAACUUCAAUAUCAACAUGAAUAUGCUGGAAUAAGCACUGGCAUUGGUCUGACUGCCAGCCCCAUUGUUAACUUCUCUGGUGUUGUUGGAAAUGACAAACUCUCACUUGGGACGGAUUUGUCAUUCGACACUGCUUCAGGAAACAUUACUAAAUUGAAUGCAGGCUUGAGUUACAUUCAUUCUGACCUUAUUGCGGCACUUACCUUGAACGACAAAGGUGAUGCUCUCACUGCAUCCUACUACCACCUGGUUAGCCCAUUGAGCAACACGGCUGUUGGUGCAGAGCUGUCACACAGCUUUUCGAGCAAUGAGAACACUCUCACUAUAGGCACACAGCAUGCUCUUGACCCCCUGACUUCAGUAAAGGCUCGGGUGAACAACUAUGGUAGGGCAAGCGCUCUAAUCCAGCACGAAUGGCGCCCAAAAUCCUUGUUCACCAUUUCAGGAGAAGUGGACACACGGGCUAUCGAAAAGAGUGCAAAGAUCGGUCUGGCAUUGGCUCUCAAGCCUUAGGAAAUCGGUUCCUCCUUGGAGUUUAAUGUGGGAGGGUAAUAAUAAGGUUUUAUACAGCAUAGAGACUUUCUUUCUCAUAUUUUCAAUUUUUCCCUGCCCCAACUGGAACAUUGAUUGAUCUUUUCCGCUAAGUUUUUCAAUUGGUUGCAUCUGUUGGAGGUCUUGGGUUGUGAAAAUGAUUGACAUCAACAAUCAGUGUUCUUUUGCCGCUGAUGUGAACUUCGCGGUAGUUUUUAAGUUCAAUUGAAAUCAUUCACCUCAGGCUACACACUUUCA